CUUGAGGCAGACGAAACUAAUUGAAACGCAAAGUCUGCAGUAAAGGAACGAUGACAUCAACUAAAAAGAAGAUAUGUAUUAUUGGAUCGGGAAAUUGGGGUUCAGCCAUAGCCAAGAUAGUUGGUAACAAUGUGUUAGCAAUGCCAGACAAAUUUGACUCUGAAGUUCGUAUGUGGGUAUUUGAGGAGAUGGUUCAGGGUAGGAAACUCACUGAAAUCAUCAACCAGGACCAUGAAAAUGUCAAGUAUCUUCCUGGACAUCCGCUACCCACCAAUGUGGUUGCUGUACCAGAUGUCAAAGAAUCUGGAGAUGGAGCUGAUAUCUUCAUUUUUGUCCUGCCACAUCAGUUUGUGAGGGGUGUGUGUGACAAAUUGAAAGGAAAUGUCAAAAAGGAUGCCAUUGCAGUCUCGCUUAUCAAGGGUUUUGAUGUGAAGGAUGGAGGUGGAAUCCUUUUGAUUUCCUCUGUCAUUAGGGAACUGCUGAAUAUCCCUUGUGCUGCUUUGAUGGGUGCUAAUAUUGCAAAUGAAGUUGCUAAGGAAAACUACUGUGAAGCCACAAUAGGUUGCAAUCAUCAAGAGUAUGGUGUCAUCCUUAAGGACAUGUUCCAGACAGACUACUUCAGAAUCGUGGUCUGCGAUGAUGAGACAACUGUAGAAGUAUGUGGUGCCUUAAAAAACAUUGUUGCAGUGGGUGCUGGUUUUGCUGAUGGUCUUGGAUAUGGAGACAAUACAAAGGCAGCUGUCAUCAGACUUGGAUUGAUGGAGAUGGUCAAAUUCUGUGAAAUCUUUUAUCCAGACUCCAAACAAGCAACAUUUCUCGAAAGCUGUGGAGUGGCUGACCUUGUCACUACAUGCUACGGUGGCAGGAACCGAAGAGUUGCUGAAGCUUUUGCUAAAACUGGAAAAAGCAUAGAAGAAUUGGAGCAGGAAAUGUUGAAUGGCCAGAAGCUACAAGGCCCUCCAACAGCAUUUGAAGUCAAUUACAUGCUCAAGGCAAAAGACAUGGAACAAAUGUUCCCCCUAUUCACAGCCAUCCACAAUAUCUGUAAAGGUAACUUAGACGUGAGCAAGUUUAUGGAUUGUCUGAAGAACCACCCAGAACACAUGUAGAAGAACCGAGAACUUUAGGAACCCAGUGAACACCAUUCUAGAGCAAUUUUAUUAUGUUAUAUUUGGUUGUCCAUUUGAAAAACAUAAACAAUCAACAUUGAUUUAACAAACAUAUCUUUCUUUUGUUUGCAUUUGGUUAUGCCAAAUUACAUUAUAUAAUCUAUAUUUGUUUUAUGGGGUAUUUUUCUAUUGUGUAGUAUUUGAACAUAUCUGUGAAGGAAGAUUAUAUCUUAUACAACAUCCUGGAUAGAUUGUUCAAGUAAUAAUUAUUUUUUCUCAUACACCCUUGAUUAUUGAUGAUUUAGUGCAUGUAUAAUCACAGUCCAGAUAUAUUAAUUGGUAGUGAAAUGACAAGACAAUAAAAUACCAUUUUUAUACUGUAA